CCAUUACUCUGGGUCUGGAGGGGCUAGCUAACAAUUCAAGGAUGAAGCUCCUUUUUUUAGCUGCCUUUGCACUCUUUGUGCUCUCUACAAUUGACAAGGCUGACUCUUCAGCUUAUGACAAAAUAGUGGCACACAGUCGCAUCAGGGCAAGAAAAGAAGGACCCAAUGUCUGCACACUCCAACAAGUCAUGGGGACCAAGAAGAAGUACUUUAGCACUUGUCGUAAUUGGUACCAAGGGGCCAUCUGUGGAAAGAAAGCGACUGUGCUGUAUGAGUGCUGCCCAGGUUACAUGAAGCUGGAUGGCAUGCGUGGUUGCCCUGCAGUGGCUCCAAUUGAUCAUGUGUAUGGCACCUUGGGACAGGUGAAAGCCACCUCAACCCAAAAAUACGCUGACAUUUCUAAGCUAAGACCUGAGAUUGAGGGACCUGGAUCCUUCACCUUCUUUGCCCCCAGCAACGAGGCCUGGGAGCUUUUGGAUGAAGAAACAAGAAGUGCACUGGUCAGCAAUGUCAACAUUGAACUGUACAAUGCUCUGCAUUAUCACAUGUCCAACAAACGCCUUUUGACCAAAGAUUUAAAGAAUGGAAUGACAGUCACCUCUAUGUACAAUGACCUUGGUCUCCAAAUUAACCAUUAUCCCAAUGGGGUGGUGACUGUAAACUGUGCCAGGAUUAUCUACGGCAACCAGGUUGCCACCAAUGGAGUUGUGCAUGUCAUUGACCGUGUUGUCAGCGCUGUUGGAAACACAAUCCAGGACUUCAUUGAGGUUAACGAUGACGUGACAACUCUGUAUGAAUUGGUUGAAAACUCUGGACUGUUGGAGAAGCUGGGUCAGCCAGGACAUUACACUAUCUUUGCCCCCACCAAUGAAGCCUUCGAGAGUCUCGGCAGCGUUGUAUUGGAGAGAAUUCAGGGCGACAAGGAGGCCCUCAAAGCUCUUGUGAAUUUCCACAUCCUGAACUCAGUCCAGUGCUCUGAGGCCAUCAUGUCUGGCACUUCAUAUGAGACUCUGGAGGGCAACAACAUUGAGAUUGGCUGUGACGGUGACAGUUUGACAGUCAACGGCGUCAAGAUGGUGCUCAAGAAGGAUAUUGUCACCACCAACGGUGUCAUCCACCUUAUCGACAAAGUGCUUAUGCCAGACUCAGCUAAGCAGGUUAUGGAACUGGUGGGAAGUUCCCAGUCAACCUUUGGUGACAUGGUGUCCGAGCUUGGCCUAUCUGCUGCCAUGAGACCUGAAGCUGAGUACACUUUGCUGGCUCCCCUCAACCUUGCCUUCACUGAUGAAGUAAUGUCCAUGGAUCAGAGGUUGCUCAAGAUUAUCCUGGAGAGCCACAUCUUGAAGAAUAAGAUUGUCCUGGGACAGUUGUUCAAUGGCCAGCGUCUGGAGACCAUUGGAGGAAAAUUCCUGAGGGUCUUCAUUUAUCGCACAGCUGUGUGCAUUGAGAAUUCCUGUCUGGUAAGAGGCAGUAAAGAAGGAAGCAACGGGGCCCUCCAUCUCAUGAAGACUCUGUUGAAACCGGCAGAAAAAAAUAUGUUUGAGAUUCUGACAGAAAAUGGAGGGUUCAAGAUCUUUUUGUCUCUGAUGGAAGCUGCUGGCUUGACUGACCUGCUGAAACAGGAGGGAGACUUUACUCUGUUUGCCCCAAGCGAUAAGGCUUUUGCUAGUUUGAGCGAACGUGAUUUGUCCUUGUUGAUGAGUGACAUAAAUGCUCUCAGAACCCUCCUUUUGUAUCACAUCAAUAAUGGUAUCUUCAUUGGAGGAGGUUUGGAGACUGGGGUGACAAAUCUUCUCAAGUCUCUUCAAGGCAGCAACCUCAGAGUGAUGUUUGCAAACAACUCUAUGCAAGUGAAUUCUGUCCAAGUCCCUGAGUCUGAUGUAAUGGCCACAAAUGGAGUCCUUCACUUUGUCAACCAAGUCUUGUAUCCCGGAGAUAUCCCUGUUGGAAGCCAGGAUCUCCUCAUGCUUUUCAAGAGGCUCAUCAGUUACAUGCAAAUCAAGUACAUUUCGGGAUUCAGAUAUCAGGAAAUUCCCCUCACAUUUAUGAAGACAGUCAUCACCCGUGUCGUCCAAGAAGCUCCUGAAGUAAAAGUCACAAGGGUCAUUCAAGGAGAACCCUCUAUCACCAAGGUUACUAGGGUCAUUCAAGGAGAACCCUCUAUCACCAAGGUUACUAGGGUCAUUGCGGGACAACCCCCCAUCACCAAGGUUACUAGGGUCAUUGAGGGACAACCCCCCAUCACCAAGGUUACUAGGGUCAUUGAUGGCCCCCAGUACUCAGUCAGCACUGGCACCACCAACAUCAACCUGGAAGGAGCUGACCUUUCAGCAUUUGACAUUGAAGGGGACUCUGAAAGAAUUACCAAAAUGAUCCAAGGCAGUUCAAGAAGAACCUCUUCCCGAAGAGUUAUAGCUGGCAACAGGAGGAGGGAUAGGAACUGAGCAUGGACGGAUGAGAAUAUCAACGUUUUAAAGGCCGAGAGGGGCACCAAACCCAGAGGUUGAAACUGGUGUUUUAAUGGGGAAACACUUAAAAUGUCAGUGAUUCCAAAUAUACUGUAAUAGGUAUAAUUGACAAAAAUAAAACUAUUCUCAUAAACAAUUUAAUGGUGCUUUGAAUGUAUAUCCAUUAUGAUUGUGUAAUGUCUGAAAAGGGUUCAAUAUAUGUAAACAGUGUUGUAAUUACCAUUUUGGCAUGGCUUUAAAGACAUGGAGCAAGUCAGGGUAGCAAUAAAGUUUGUUUAAUCCAAGCCAUUAGAGUAGCAAUAAAAACAUUUCAGUUAUAAAUGUUGCUAUGCCUUUGCUAAAGGUGAAGGUUAAAACUAGAUUUUACUAGCUGUUUGGGAAUAUUAAUGAAUCUUAAUUAAAUAAAUCAUGGUGUGCUUUCAGACUUUAACUGGAAAAAUUCUUUUAAUUUCUGUGGCUGUAAGUUGUUUAAGGUUUCAUGUAAAUUUUGUCUGUGCUUGUAAAAAAUUUGGAUCAAUGUAUCAAUCUGCAGAUUUUUCUUUUCUAUUUUUUAAACAUCUUCCAAUAAAUUGCAUUCUUUUACAUAAAGAAUUCUGAAAGGGCAUCUGAA